UAACCCAAAAUAGUGUACAAUAAACAGCUGAUCACUGAAAUUUUAACAAAUUUUUAUUGCUUUGUAGUUUUUGGUGAAAUUUUUGCUCGCGCGUUAAUUUAGAUUAAAAAGAAGUGCAAAAAUGGGUGGCUGGCAACUGGAAGUUUUUAAAAUGACGCUUUACAUGUCCUUUCCUGUGGCCAUGUUUCACAUCUUCAAUCAACCGGCUUAUUUCGAGGAAUGGGUGACGAAGACCAGGCGUGAACUCUAUCCACCAGAAAGUUUAGGUCACCGGGAAGAGAUACAAAAAGCCAUCAGAGAUGUGCGGGAAAAACGAGAUAAAGAAAUGCUAAAGGCAUUAGAGGAUAUAGAGAAACGUGAAAAAUAAAUAUCACAUUUUAAUAGUUACCAUAAUUGAAGUGUGCUAUACUCUAAUAUUAUAUAAGGUUAUGCUUGUUUUUUGUUUUAAGUUGCAUUGUUUAUCUGUAAUAAACAUUAAAUAUUUGUUUUUAGAAAAUAAUUAAAACAAUUUUUUAUCAUUUCAA